AGCGCCGGCACCCGGCGCUUAAAGGGUCGGGAAUGGGGGUGCCGCCACCGCCUAGUCAGCUCUGCGUUCGCUGAAGUCCGGCCACCGCCGCGCUAUCGUCGCGGCGCCCCCGCCCCGUCCUCCGCCCGCACCGCCCCCCUGAACCGGCCGGCCGGGCCCGGAGCCAAGACCGAGUCCUCGCCAUGCCGGCCCGGCUGCUGCUGCCGCUGCUGCUGGCGCUGCUGCUGCCCGGCCCCUGGAUUUUUGGAAGUCCCAGCACAGUGACACUUCCUGAAACCUUGUUGUUUGUGUCAACCCUGGAUGGAAGUUUGCAUGCUGUCAGCAAGAGGACAGGCUCGAUCAAAUGGACUUUAAAAGAAGAUCCAGUCCUGCAGGUUCCAACACAUGUCGAAGAGCCUGCCUUCCUCCCAGAUCCCAAUGAUGGCAGCCUGUAUACACUUGGGGGCAAGAAUAAUGAAGGCUUGACGAAACUUCCCUUUACCAUCCCGGAGUUGGUACAGGCAUCCCCAUGCCGAAGUUCAGAUGGAAUUCUCUACAUGGGUAAAAAGCAGGACAUUUGGUAUGUUGUUGACCUUCUGACCGGGGAGAAGCAGCAGACUUUGUCAUCGGCCUUUGCAGAUAGUCUCUGCCCAUCGACUUCUCUUCUGUAUCUUGGGCGAACAGAGUACACCAUCACCAUGUACGACACCAAAACCCGAGAGCUCCGGUGGAACGCCACCUACUUCGACUACGCAGCCUCGCUGCCUGAGGACGACGUGGACUACAAGAUGUCCCAUUUUGUGUCCAAUGGCGAUGGGCUGGUGGUGACUGUGGACAGUGAAUCUGGCGACGUCCUGUGGAUCCAAAACUACGCCUCCCCUGUGGUGGCCUUUUACGUCUGGCAGCGGGAGGGCCUGAGGAAGGUGAUGCAUAUCAACGUCGCUGUGGAGACCCUGCGCUACCUGACUUUCAUGUCUGGGGAGGUGGGGCGCAUCACCAAGUGGAAGUACCCCUUCCCCAAGGAGACGGAGGCCAAGAGCAAGCUGACGCCCACGCUGUAUGUUGGGAAAUACUCUACCAGCCUCUACGCCUCCCCCUCAAUGGUCCAUGAGGGGGUCGCCGUUGUGCCCCGAGGCAGCACUCUUCCUUUGCUGGAAGGCCCCCAGACCGACGGUGUCACCAUUGGGGACAAAGGGGAGUGUGUGAUCACACCCAGCACGGACCUCAAGUUUGACCCUGGGCUCAAAGGCAAAAACAAGCUCAACUACUUGAGGAACUACUGGCUCCUGAUAGGACACCAUGAAACCCCGCUGUCUGCAUCUACCAAGAUGCUGGAGCGAUUCCCCAACAAUCUGCCCAAACACCGGGAAAACGUGAUUCCUGCUGACUCGGAGAAGAGCUUUGAGGAAGUUAUCCACCUGGUUGACCAGACUACAGAGAACGCGCCCACCACUAUUUCUCAGGAUGUGGAGGAGAAGUUCACUCAUGCCCCCGCCAAGCCCGAGGCCCCCGUGGACUCCAUGCUCAAGGACAUAGCCACCAUCAUCCUGAGCACCUUCCUGCUCAUCGGCUGGGUGGCCUUCAUCAUCACCUACCCCUUGAGCAUGCAUCAGCAGCAGCAGCUCCAGCACCAGCAGUUCCAGAAGGAACUGGAGAAAAUCCAACUCUUGCAACAGCAGCAGCUGCCCUUCCAUGCACCUGGAGAUGUGGUUCAGGACGCCGAGCUCCUGGAGUCGUCCGGCCUGUACUCGGAGAGCUCAGGCACCAGCAGCCCCAGCAUGUCCCCCAGAGCCUCCAACCACUCGCUCCACUCCAGCAGUUCUGCCUCCAAGGCUGGCACCAGCCCCUUCCUAGAGCAGGACGACGAGGAUGAGGAAACCAGCAUGGUGAUGGUUGGGAAAAUUUCAUUCUGUCCCAAAGACGUUCUGGGCCAUGGAGCGGAGGGCACAAUUGUGUACCGGGGCAUGUUCGACAACCGCGACGUGGCAGUAAAGAGGAUCCUCCCUGAGUGUUUCAGCUUCGCAGAUCGCGAGGUCCAGCUGCUUCGAGAGUCAGACGAGCACCCGAAUGUGAUCCGUUACUUCUGCACCGAGAGGGACCGGCAGUUCCAGUACAUUGCCAUUGAGCUGUGCGCGGCCACUCUGCAGGAGUACGUGGAGCAGAAGGACUUCGCCCACCUCGGCCUGGAGCCCAUCGCCUUGCUGCAGCAGACCACCUCGGGCCUGGCCCACCUGCACUCCCUGAACAUUGUUCACAGAGACCUAAAGCCCCACAACAUCCUCCUCUCCAUGCCCAACGCACAUGGCAGGAUCAAGGCGAUGAUCUCUGACUUUGGCCUCUGCAAGAAGCUGGCAGUGGGCAGGCACAGCUUCAGCCGCCGUUCAGGAGUACCUGGCACAGAGGGCUGGAUCGCUCCGGAGAUGCUGAGCGAAGACUGCAAGGAGAACCCCACCUACACAGUGGACAUCUUCUCUGCGGGCUGCGUCUUUUACUACGUGAUAUCUGAGGGCAGCCACCCUUUUGGCAAGUCCCUGCAGCGGCAAGCCAACAUCCUCCUGGGCGCCUACAGCCUUGACUGCUUACACCCCGAGAAGCACGAAGAUGUCAUCGCCAGGGAACUGAUAGAGCAGAUGAUCGCGAUGGACCCUCAGAAGCGCCCCUCGGCGAAGCAUGUGCUAAAACACCCGUUCUUCUGGAGCCUGGAAAAGCAGCUCCAAUUCUUCCAGGAUGUGAGUGACCGAAUAGAAAAGGAAUCCCUGGACGGUCCGAUUGUGAAGCAGCUGGAGAGAGGCGGGAGGCCUGUGGUGAAGAUGGACUGGAGGGACAACAUCACUGUCCCCCUCCAGACAGAUCUGCGUAAAUUCAGAACCUAUAAAGGUGGCUCCGUCAGAGAUCUCCUCCGAGCCAUGAGAAAUAAGAAGCACCAUUACCGGGAGCUCCCCGUGGAGGUGCGGGAGACCCUGGGCUCCCUCCCCGACGACUUCGUGCGCUACUUCACCUCGCGGUUCCCCCACCUCCUCUCACAUACCUACCGGGCCAUGGAGUUGUGCAACCAUGAGAGACUCUUCCAGCCCUACUACGUCCAACCGCCCCCGGAGCCUCAGCCCCCAGUGAGUCCAGAGGCCCUUUGAACCAUGGAAGCCUCCCUUCUGGUGGCCCCAGCUGUGACUGAGGGCCUGGUCUCUACACACUAGAGCCUGAUGCCUCCCCACUUAGCAGGAAGACCAGGCUCCCAAACCCAGUGCCUUGAGCUGCCUGCUCUGCAGCCAGCGGAGGAGGGUGCUGGCCCUGGGAAGUGGGAGAGGUGACCCCCCUGACCUACAGGAAGCUGGGAAGAUGUUGGCCAUGAAAGCUUUACCGUCAGGGAGCAUCUGCAAAGAAGGGCUCGUCCCAGAGUCAGUGAAAGGAGCAUGCUCCGCCUCCUCCUGGAUAAACUUGCUUCAGACUUAACGUUUCUUUUUAAGCUUCCUGUUUGAUGUCAACCUAAGGGCCUUUAAGGAAGAGAAAGGAAGAAAUCCUAAGCUUCGCCUGCGUGCUGGGACCAGGAACAUCUCUCUCGCCGACCAGCGGGCUGAGAUGCAAUAAGUGCAGCCUCUGCUAGAAAUGAGGCUCGAGAGGUGAGGGGUGCCGAGGACAAGGAGGAGCGUGUUCAGAGGGUGUUGUCCCCAGGGACCGGAGAUCACUGAUCACCAGUCACAAAUUACAAGUGCACCCAAAUAUCCCAGGUUACUGUAACCAGUGUUUCCUCGGGGGCAGCGAGAGCCUUGAGUGAGGGGGCACAGCAUUGGGACAAGAUCAGCAUCUCACGCUGGAAAGUGAAGCCGUGUCUGCAGCUCUCGGAAAUGAAGAGGACGCUCUGUUCUGAGGCAGCUGCAGCCCAGUACACCAGUGGCCUGAAUGGUGGUUUUGGGCGGCUUUGUGCCCUGGACACUUGGGGAUGUUUAGGAGCGUUUGGAGGCGAGAAGUGAUACAUUCCCUGGCCACGAAAGAGAUCAUCUAAGACCUAGCCAAGGACAGGCCUUCAGGAGCGGAGGGGAGCAGGCCGAGUGGGUCACAGCGGCCACCCCGGGAGACCCCUGGGCCAGCGGGUAGGCGAUGAGGCGCCACUGUCCCUGGGGCCAGCAGGAUGGGCCAGGGGGUUGGGAGCCAAAGCCAGAGUCACUGUGCACUUCGUGGGCAGGAUUUUAUGUUUCUCUUGGCAGGUUUUAAUAACUUUAUAUUUUGAUCAUACUGUAGAAUGCAACAUUAGCACAAGUAAGCUCCACUUAACUUGAAGCUUACUCAUGAAGAAGAAAUGCAAGAUAUAUAAUAUAUCUUCUAUUUGUAUGGUACCAAAAAUCCCCAUCCCCUCCAGAAAGAGUGUUCCUAUUUGGAACAUUCUCUAAUGCUGAAGAGUAAAACAUUAUAGCAACACUAUACACAUGUAUUAAACCACUUCAAAGUAAUAGUUCCUAAAUUCUGUCAAUACCAUGUGUUUUUUCCCCCAAAAUUAGUAUAAUUUUUAACCUUAGUUUUAACCCAAAAUCACGCUGUAUUUUCUCUACUGAGGGCCUUAGAGGUUAGAUGCAAUCAGGGUACCGUGUCAGGAAACGUUUUCUGUGUACUUUCUCCAGCUGGGUGAACGGUUCAUUGCAGUUCAGUCCUGGUGAACUCGGAGACUCCACUCAGGAGUAAGAAUGUCACUGUCAAGUUUUGCUAACUGUCAGAAAUCACUGCUUCUUGUGAGAUGCUCUCUGGCAGUAUAUGUGUGGGAAGAUGGCUCAUCAAAAGCUCUCGCUCUGCCUUUGUAGAAUUCCGUUCCCUUCCUUUUAUAUGCCUAAAGUCACUUUUUUUUUCUUACUAUUAUCCUACAUCUUUAAAUCUCAACAGUUACCUCAUUUAGACCUUGGAACCUGGCGUCCUUGGUUGGCAUCAUGGGGUCUUGUAUGUGCCACACUGUUCGUUUUUCAGGAACACGGCCAGACAGGUUUCUUCUCUCCGCUCUGAUGGGCCUGUGCCAGCCCCGUUCUCCAUAUGACUCUGCGGGUCACUUUGCCGUUGGCCUGAGUGGGGAUAGCCCAAGAGAUAGUCAGAGGUGGAGAAGGUGCCAUGAGUGACUUCACAGGACUGUCGGCUUUCUGUGCUGCCGGGGACUGCUGCCUCGUCGCUGCUGAAUGCUCUCCUGGGAGAGUAGCCAGAUCAUGUCUUGCUGCCCAGUACUUGUCAUCUGUCUGUUUUGGCCCAACCUGCCUGCAGGACAACUAUUUUUAAAAAUGCCUCUUCUGCCUAUCAUAUUCGUUCCUAACCACCUGACUUUCUCAAACUCAUCUAUUCAACAUUUAUUCAAUAUAUUGUACCUAAACGCUUACCAUAUGAGCUGGGGACACAGAGGUGGGCAAAGAGGCAAAACCUCUGCUUCAUAAGCACCUAUAAGUGAGAGAGAACAACAAACAAAUAUUAUGCUAUGAAGAAAACCCAGGUGGUGCGAAAGGGCAUGCAUUUGGUGUUUGCACCUCUUCUGUCUGAAAGCCACCCAUGUCCCAAGACCCAUCGGAUCUGAUCAGGUUGCUUUCUUUCCAUCUUUUCUCCGUCCCCUUUAGAAAUCCACUCACUCACUCGGUGCCUCAGGCGGAUUGAAGGGGUCUUGCAUGGCCACUUGUCAUGAAGACACUGUGGCACCUCUGCUUUCUAGAAUUCGGGCUUCCUGUUCUCAGCACAGUGAAAAGGUGUCUGUCUUUUGCUAGAACGGGGUUCUGCAGCCUUGUGCAUCCUGUCGCAGCUGAGCUGUUUGAUUGUAAGCUUGAUUCCUGGAAGGCUGUCUAACUUCUUAGAAGUACGCUCCCCUCAUUUUUACAACAGAAUUUCGUUGCAUCUCUUAGGAAUCCAGAGGACAAUAUAAUUUAUUUAAAGCUUGUGUUGAACCUUGUAUUGAGUAACCUGCCAGAUUUUCUCUCGUUGCUUCUUGAAAUUUUUUAGCAUCAGUUUAUAAAGAACUCCACAUGUCCCUAGGCAUCAGAGCAUUUGCACUUUGGGUAAUCAUUGGUGUUACUUGAGAAGUCCCUAAACUAUCUAGUUGUCGAUGUAUAAAACCCUGGGUGCAAAGGUGUCCUCCCCACCCCACCCUUGGUCUCAAGUGCAGUCGUCGUGAUACAAUCUUCCCGUUGAGACAUCGCUCUGGCCCAUUACAUGUGUUAUGUUGGAAUAGCCACAAGUUAGUAGGUCCAGCAAAGUAUUUCCUUCCCACCAACUCUAGAAAGGUUCCUUAUCAGAGUUAACCCUGAUCCUUUUGGUAAGGUUUUGUGUGAAUGUGACUCAUUUAUCUUUGCGAUUCUUUCUCACUGAGGAACAAGAGAUGAGUUGGUUGCUGAUCUGACCUCUCUCACAGAUGUGAGGGCAUUUGGUUGUAGGGCUUUCUCCUCUUGGCCACUGUCUUUUCAGAAGUUGGACUCUGGCCUUCUUUGGAUUUCCUGAGACUGUCCCCCUUCUCCAUCUCUGUUCAUCGUAUCUUCGGCCCUGAGGUCCUUACGGAAGGUGGGCUGGUUCCACUUCCACAGCCUUCAGUGCCGGGAAGAGCCGGAAGAGAAAGCACAGCACACCUGUUGAAGAGCCCCUUUAAAUUCUCUUUAGCUUUGCAUGUGCUCAUUUCUGAAAUGCCUUUUCUUCGUAUUUCCUUGGCCAUUCCUUCACCAUGUCCUGGAACAGUCCCUUUAGUUGAGUAUGACCUGGCAUCGGCCUUUCCUGGAAAGAAGUCAAAAGAUGUUUUCUACAGAUGAGCCAAAAUUCUGCCCUCCAGGGUUGGACCAUUAUCUUCGAAACCAAAAUGUCUACUCUUCCUGUACUUUAUGAAGCAGUGGUUUCCCACGAGUAACUCUGGUUCUGACUUCUGUAGCAGCACAAAUCUUUUCCCUGUUCAUUGGAAAACCCCAAAGAACCAUCUGCAAUGAGCCUACCCCUGGAGUAGCCUUAACCAACGACUCUGGCCAAAGUCCCCACCCCCUCACCUCACCCUGUGCUCAUUGUGUGUUUGGUGGGUACAGUAUUCCUUUUCAGUGUCCCAAAAGCUGUGACGGGGGCGUCCCCACUUACAUAGAAAGCAUUACCAGUCUACUCUGCGUCAUUCUCAGAUGCACACCUUAUGUAGUGUUCUUAUUUAUUUAACCUAUUUAUAUUUAUUUAAUUUUUACUCUGAAGUAUAUCCAGUUACAAUUGCACUUGCUUAAAGCACAUCAGAUUUGUUUUGGACAACACCCCUGACCAUUGUAAAACUGGAAAAGGAAAAGUUAUACUGUAUCCUCCCACAGGAUGGAUGCCUUAUAGGAGUUUUGUCAGUAAAGGGUAAAUGAUUUGGUCGUGGUAAAAAUGUUAAGUUUUAAGUGAUUCUUUUCAAAGAAAAUUCUGUGCCAUUGUGUCUUCUCUGUGGAUGGUUAAUUGUUUAAUGUGUAUGUGUUAAUUGUGUGAUACAAUCCUCUGUGGAACCUAAAAAUCCUCUUUUUAGCUUUAUAUUUUAUAAACUGCCAGAUUGUACAAUUUUUAUGUGUAUUUUUAAAGCUUGAUGAUGUGAGGGUAAUUAUAUAAGUUAAAUGGCCUAUUUUUGUACCUCCUGUACAGUUUUAUAAUUCUGCUGAUUGAUGAUGGCAUCUUAUGUUGAGCCAAGCACAAAUAAAGGUAGUUUUAGAUUUGGAA